UUUUUCUUUUUGUGUCGUCCUUCUUCCCAUUGAGCUAAUCGAUUACGGUCACCCGCGACACCUGCUCACCGUUUCUCAUAUUUAUCCUCACGUAAUUAUACACACCAUGGAUGAUUUUGACAUGCUGAACGCGCCCGCCGCUGGAAACGGUGUUGGGUCGGAGGAGGACCCCGCUGCCGCUUUCUUAGCCCAGCAGGAGAGCGAGAUCGCGGGGAUUGAAAACGACGAAGGCUUCAGCAUCCUGGACAGCGGAGAGGUCCCCUCGUCGCUUGGAGACCCUAACGAUGGUGCUGUCAAUGGAGAGCUUCAUGGGGAAAGCAAUGGUCCAUCAGACGCCUACGCAGCAAUUUCCAAUGCAGAUCGGCUGCAGGCAGAACCUGAAAGCCUACGCAAGUGGAGGGAGGAGCAAAGUGAACGGCUGGAGUUGCUAGAUGAAAAUUCUCGCAAGCAGGAGUCAGAGUGGAAGGAGAAAGCCAAGGUGGAGCUGGAAGAGUGGCACGCCAGGCAGAACGAGCAGCUGGAGAAAACCAAAUCCAACAACAGGGUGCUGGAUGAAGACUUCUACAAGCAGCCCUUCUCUGAGCUCAUUGGUUAUGUCACACACAUUAACCAUCCUUGCUACCGCCUAGACCAGGCGGCUGAGGAGGCCAUGAUUUCAGAUCUGGACGAGAACAACCCCGGCACGGAGUGGGAGCGGGUGGCUCGGCUCUGCGACUUCAACCCCAAGUCCAGCAAGCAGGCCAAAGACGUGUCCCGCAUGCGCUCGGUCCUCAUCUCCCUGAAGCAGUCCCCGCUAGUCCGUUAGGCAGCCAAAGCAGCCCAGGGCGUCAUUCCAUAUCAUCCUCUAUCACCACACACCAACCAACCCAGCAGUCACAACCUGUAUUCUGAAGACAAGGGGGCUUACACCCCUUCUGUGCACGCGUUUGCCAUGCAC